UUGAUCUAGAAGAAAGAUAUGUGAAAAUUAAACAAUUUUUGAAUUAGUUGACCAGGUCCUGGGUAAGUGAAAAAGCAGUGGAUGAAUUAAGUCUAGUCAGAGAACCAACAAAGACAAUGCGAAGUUAUUCUGCAACAGAGUCUUUGUCACUACAACAAGGAAAAUCCAUGUCAUGCGAAAAUAUGAUGUUAGCUUCAGCUACGACACCUCCAGUUCUUGCGACUUCAAUCAGUCUUACAACGUCUUCUUCCUUUGGAGGGACCCGAAACAGUUCAGGCAGCCUAACGAGUGGAGGAACGAUGAGCUCAAACAAUAGUCGCCCCGUGAGUUUAGAAGAUGAUGAAGAUAAACAGGAAAAUGAUCUAGAUAAAAAGGUACCGACUAGUAGCUUUUGGCUAUUUGGAAGAAAGAGUGUCGACAAUGGCCAUCCAAAUAUAGGAACGAUGCAUAGGUCUCCCCGACAUUUCUCCUUUGAUGAACUAAACGAAAGCAAAAAGCCAAAUAUCAAGUCUUCUGUAGUUUCUUCUGGUUCACAGCCUUACACAACCACAGACAUAGGCACGUUUCGUAUUCAUCGUGAAGGUUCGCAAGGUUCUUUGUCUAUUUUUCGAAAAGAUUUUUGGAAAAGUAAUCAUACUCAACGAUUCCAAACUGACAGUUAUCAAGACAGUGGCCAAAUGUCUAACAUCCUGACAUCCCCACAUCCUCUAGACAACUGUUGAUAGCAUUGUAUCAUUUUAUUAUAAUUAUUAC